UAGCCAAACCCUAUUUCUUCCUCACACCUUGGCAUUUGUCGUGAAUUCCGACCCUCUUUUGUACUUUUGCAACCUCCUUCAGCAUCGCCUUCGUUGCAGGAGCAGCAGCAGCAGCAGCAGCAGCCAGCGAUUCCGGAGAGGAGCUUUCGUUCUCAUAUCUCUCUAUCGAUCUUCGAAGAAAUCUGGGGCUUUUCUUCUCUCACACUAUCUGCUGCUGCUGUUAGGGUUUCUCCGCUUUUUCUAGGGCAGAUUCUCUGGGAUUUUAGCUCCGAGGAGCUGCCUUGAGCUUCCGUUCCUGCUAAAAUACGCCUGCCAAGAUGUUCUGGCGCUUGCCUGCUCUCUCUGCUUCUUCGCCUGUGGAAUCAAUUUUGGACAAGGAGAACUUCACUUUGGAAGAGCUGCUUGAUGAGGAGGAAAUAAUCCAAGAAUGCAAAGCUCUUAAUAGUCGCCUUAUUAACUUUCUUCGAGAUAGAGCUCAGGUAGAGCAGUUGCUGCGGUAUAUUGUAGAAGAACCUCCUGAGGAUGCUGAAAGCAAACAGGCCUUCAAGUUUCCCUUCAUCGCCUGUGAGAUAUUUACUUGUGAAAUUGAUGUCAUCUUUAAGACCUUAGUAGAAGAUGAUGAGCUGAUGAACAUGCUUUUCUCCUUUCUGGAACCGAAUCGUCCUCAUAGUGCCUUGCUAGCUGGAUAUUUCAGUAAGGUUGUUGUGUGCCUUAUGUUACGGAAGACAGUGCCACUAAUGAAUUAUGUCCAGGCGCAUCAGGACAUUUUCCGCCAGCUGGUUGACUUGAUUGGUAUCACAUCAAUCAUGGAGGUUUUGGUUCGACUUGUUGGUGCUGAUGAUCAUAUGUAUCCCAAUUUUAUGGAUGUGAUGAAGUGGUUAGCUGAUAGCAAUUUGCUAGAAAUGAUUGUUGAUAAGUUGAACCCAUCUAGUCCUCCGGAAGUUCAUGCUAAUGCAGCUGAAACACUGUGUGUUAUCACUCGAAAUUCUCCAUCAGCACUAGCUGCUAAAAUCUCUAGCCCAAGCUUUGUUGAGAGGAUACUUAGUCAUGCUCUGGAAAUUUCACCAUCAAAAUCUACCCUUGUCCAUUCAUUAUCCGUGUGUAUCUCUUUGUUGGAUCCCAAAAGAUCGGCUUCAAUUCCAUUUAUUCAUUCUAUCCGAAGUCAGCAUUUAUAUGAACCACCUAUCCCUCUUAAUCCCGAGACUGUUAGUGCCAUGUUGCCAAAACUUGGUGACUUGCUUAUGCUUUUGAGUGUGUCAUCUGAUGAUAAUAUUUUGCCUACUACUUAUGGUGAAUUGCGGCCACCUCUUGGGAAGCAUCGCCUGAAGAUUGUUGAGUUCAUUGCAGUAUUGUUGAGGACUGGUAAUGAAGAUGCAGAGAAGGAAUUGGUUAGCUCAGGCGCUAUCCAGAGAAUCCUAGAUCUCUUUUUUGAGUACCCGUUCAAUAACUCAUUGCAUCACCAUGUGGAGAGUAUCAUAGUAUCAUGCUUGGAGAGCAAGAACGGUACUAUAAUUGAUCAUCUCUUCCGUGAUUGUAAUUUAAUUGGAAAAAUACUCAAAGCCGAUAGACAUUCCAUUCUUUCUGGUGAUUCAAAUCUGCCAACAGUUCCUGCUGCUGGAAGACAGUCACCUCGGACUGGAAACCUCGGACACAAUACAAGAAUUGCUAAUAAGCUUGUACAACUUGGGGAUGGCAAUGACCACAUUCAUGCAUAUUUACAGGAAAAUGGUGAAUGGAUUGAUUGGCAAACUAGCGUUCUUCAAGAACGGAAUACCGUGGAGAAUGUCUACCGAUGGGCUUGUGGCCGCCCUACUGCAUUGCAGGAAAGGACAAGGGACAGUGAUGAGGAUGAACUCCAAGACAGAGAUUAUGAUGUAGCGGCACUAGCAAAUAAUCUAAGCCAGGCUUUUAGGUACAACAUGUAUGAAAAUGAAGAGACAGAAGAGGUACAUGGAUCUCUCGAGCGUGAUGACGAGGAUGUAUACUUUGAUGAUGAAUCUGCGGAAGUUGUAAUAUCGUCGCUGAGGGUUGGGGAUGACCAGGAGAGCAGUUUGUUUACGAAUUCGAACUGGUUUGCUUUCCAAGAUGACAGAACUGCGAAUGAAUCUCUGAGCACUUCUCUCUCGGAGAGGAUGGAUGAGAUUAGUCUUGGUGGCACAAUGACAGUGGCUAAUGGUGGCAGCGGUAGUGAUGAUGAGGUGGUGGUUGGAGUGGAUGAGGAGCUAGUUGAGAGUGCGACUUCUGGGGCAUCUGGAUCUACUGAAAAUGGUCACAAGAAUGGGAGUGGUUUGAAUCCUGACAAUGAGCAUUCUUUGGGAUUAUUAGAAAAGGCAAGCAUUUCCAAUGAUCUGGGUUUCUUCAGGUUUGAGACAGCUGACAAUGACGAUCUGUUUGGUGACCGGCCACUGCCUGAGUGGGUCGGAUGGAGAGAGUCGUCAGAUUUUCAGGUUGGUGGUUCCGUCGGGAAUCCAUUCACUGACAAUGUUGGGCCUGAUUCUGAUCCUUCUAGACUACAACAGGCAUCGGGCCCCAUAGCCGAGAAUACUCCUUGCAAUGGCAAGGUUGAUGUUCCAAAUGGUCUAGCAAGUGUGUCGGAUUCCAGUGACGGACCGGUGGAGACCGACAUGAGCCGCCGGAUCGUGCCUUCGUUGUUUGAAGAGGAUGUGGAAUUCGUCGGCGUCGAGUUGGAGGGGACGGAGAAGGCAAUGGACCAAGCCUUGAAAGAAGGCAUUGUGGGGGAGGCUGGGCCACUGAAGAGGAGCCAAUUCGUCAAGUCGCCAGAAAAGGGGAAAUCCAGUGGGGAUGAUGCCGAGGUCGUGGAAUUCAACGACAAGAAUUACUGGCGUGUCGAGCAGGAAGUGGGCAUUGUUCAGGAGUGAGUUUUCUUGUAACAGGAUGGGCCGGCGCCCCUGAAGAGAAUGGAUCAAACAAAUGAGUUGACACUGGGGUGGUGGCAUUACUGGCCACCAGGGAAGCUUAUGUACAGUAUAUUUUUCCCAGGAGGGAUUGGAGAGUAAGGCCAUGUUAUUAAGAUUGUUAUGUUUGCUAUUUUUGGUAGGGGCAUUUCUCAUUGUCGUUUCUGUUACUUUAUUAUUAUUAUUGUUCGAGCUUGUGUUGUGGCUGCCCUUAA